ACGGUAGUGGGCGGGGCCUGGCGAUCCGGGUCCCGCGGGGGCGCCGCUUUACUGCCGGGCUGUCUGUCGUCAUGGUGGGGCCCUGGGUGUACCUGGCGGCGGCAGUUUUGCUCAUCGGGCUUAUCUUCUUCCUGACUCGCAGCCGGGGUCGGGCGGCAGCAGCUAGUGGAGAACCACUGCUCAAUGAGGCAGAGCCGGCUGGAGCAGGCCAGGUAGCCCAGCCUUGGCCCCAGGAGUCUGAGGAGCAGAGAGCUGCUGGAGGCCGGCCCCGGCGCAGGAGGGACUUGAGCAGCCGUCUACAGGCCCAGCGUCGAGCCCAGCGAGGGGCCUGGGCAGAAGUUAAUGAGAACGAGGAUGAAGCUGUUAUCCCAGCCCAGGAAGAAGAAGGUGUUGAGAAGCCAGCAGAAGCUCACCCAACAGGGAAAAUUGGAGCCAAGAAAUUACGGAAACUAGAGGAAAAACAGGCUCGCAAAGCCCAGCGUGAGGCUGAGGAGGCUGAACGUGAGGAACGGAAACGCCUAGAGUCCCAACGUGAGGCUGAAUGGAAGAAGGAAGAGGAGCGACUUCGCUUGAAGGAAGAGCAGAAGGAGGAGGAAGAGAGAAAAGCUCGGGAGGAGCAGGCCCGGCGGGAGCAUGAGGAGUACCUAAAACUGAAGGAGGCCUUCGUGGUAGAAGAGGAAGGCGUUAGCGAAACCAUGACUGAGGAGCAGUCUCACAGCUUCCUGACAGAAUUCAUCAAUUACAUUAAGCAGUCCAAGGUUGUGCUUUUGGAAGAUCUGGCUUUCCAGAUGGGUCUGAGGACUCAGGACACCAUAAACCGCAUUCAAGACCUACUCACCGAGGGGACUCUGACAGGUGUGAUUGACGACCGGGGCAAGUUCAUCUACAUAACCCCAGAGGAACUGACUGCCAUGGCCAAUUUCAUCAGACAGCGGGGCCGGGUGUCCAUCACUGAGCUUGCCCAGGCCAGCAACUCCCUCAUCUCCUGGGGCCAGGACCUUCCUGCCCAGGCUUCAGUCUGACUCCAGCCCACACUUGAGUGUAUCAUGUGGCCUACAUACAUCACUGUCCUUCCCUGCCUUCCUGGGGCAGGGAUGGCAUCUGACCAGAAAGUUGGGGAUUAAAGACCUCUGAGCACU